GAGCAUGCUCGAACCGGCAGGGAGGGUGUGAGAUGGUGUGAGCAUGCUCUAGUGUGUUGUGACGUCUGGAAAGAUAGAAUAUCCGACUGUUAUGUUGCAGUAGACGCUCCACCGGCAUAUUUCGUUCCCAUAAAAAACCCAUAGGAACAACGUAAGAAGCUGUCCAUUUCAGCACUACAUAGGCUACCGUCGCCUUUGUGUAUCUACAUCACGUAAUGUCUAUUUCAACUUGACGACCUCCAUACUUGAUGGAACUCGAAGCUGCGGACUGCAGUGCCAAUAACAGCGUGUUGCCUGCAGUACGCCGGUGUAAUAGACAACGCAUCUCUUAUUCCAUGGUCUAUGCUACAUAGUAACAUGCGGUCAGACCAACUCACCGAAACCUUGCUGUCCUUCUGCAACGUUUAGCCUAUCUAAUGGUCCGGUAUGGUGACUAGAGAUCUGCUGGAAGCAACCUAUGGGCCUGUUGGUCCCAUUUGUCCACGAUGUCCUUAUUCUUACUGAGUAGGAAAGAAGAUCUCCUCAAGAUACACUCCUCUCGCUUCUUUAUCAUUCUCUCUCUUCCUGGCCUCGUGAUGUGCAGAGUGUGAGGUCAUGUCCCAGUCUGGAAAAGUCAUUCAUCUGUAUGCGGAGGUGAGGUCAGCCCCAGAGCAGGAUGGGAAGGGGGGCUUGGGAGGAGGAGUGGAGGGGCUUGGGACUGGGAGUGACUCAGCCUCAGCACAGGAUCGGCCUGCGGGGCUUUUGUCCCAGCUAGCCUGCCAGACAAAAUGCCAAACUCCUACCAAAGCUCCAACACACCGCCUGGCCCAUAACUUCACCCACACCCAGUCUCCCUCCAGACACAAAGUGAGCUUCCAGCUCCACCAAGGUAGUGGCACCCAAUCGCCUAGCACCUCCCAUCAACAGAGUUUACCAGCAGCACUGACCCACUCCCCAGUCUUUUCUGGGACUGGGAAGAGCACCACCCCACACACACACCCCUCCAAAGGGCAGGGGGUGGGGGGCAAUGGCAAACGGUCGGUGGUCACCUUCAGCUACAUUGAGAAGGCUAACGUCAAGACAGUGGAGAGCCCACAGAACUCAGCCUGUCAGAGGAGGUCUAGGGAGGAGCAGUCGUCCCCACCUUCCCACCCCCGGAAUAAACUCAGCGACCCCAUCUGGUUGGGUAGUCCUGGCUCCUCAUGCAGCUCCAUUCCCAAACUAGCGUUUUGUCCCCCAGGGGGUCACCAGCAGCAGCCGGCAGGCUCUCCCAGCCUCCGCCACCCUGUCUUGGAUCCUGACGGUAUUGCGGCCACCCAGCGUGCCCUGGAGGAGUUUGGGUUUGGUUCCCCCCUGUUCAGGAGUAAGGUCAUCCAUGGGCUCGAGCAGAGUCCCAGGGGCUCCCGCCACAACCUGCAGGCCCGCUGCCUGUCCUGGGCCGGUGGUUCUCCUGUCCAGCGCCACAGCGCCUGCAAUAAUCUCCACAAUAAUCACGCUGUGGAUGCAGAUAGAAACCGGGCCAUUUGCGGGCCAUUACCCAGGAGCUCAGCCUCAGUCCAGCUUUCGUCCCAUGCUAAGCAGGCCGCUCUGGGGAUGUCUCCUAACUCAAGACCCUGUUCGUGCAUGGGGCUCCAGGCCCAGAGCCCACACCACUGGGCAGGUCUGGACAAAGCAUUAGCAGGUAGUCCAACCACACAGAAACAAGUGCACAAGCCCUGUAACAGCAGUUCCUCCUCUCAAGGGACCAUCAUCCAACUUGAAAAUAAACUAGGGGCGGGAACUGUACUGAAUCAGCUAAGUUGUAGCAAACCCUCCUCCCCAGCCAACAGCCCUGAAGUGGCCCGGAGGCUUGCAGAGGAGGCUACUAAAGUAUCCUCUAUUUUAGCAGAGGUAAAGAGGAACUCAUUGACAUUGCACAAUGCUUUAGACGAAGUUGAGAGCCCCAACUCUGUAUGUAUGUCUGGAGAAGCUGACAGUUCUGUCCCAAAUGCACAAGGGCAACAUUUGCAGCAUCAGACAGUUAAGAUGAAUAUCCCUUUACAUGGCCAACACACACCAGCGUCGAACGACACUGGCUCUCACCGGGCUGGAAACUCUUUACCAUCGUCACGCACACAGGACUCAAACUCUCCAACAACAACUAAUCACGGGACACAGCAUGGAAGAGGGCAGGCUCUGGCUCAGAGCUCCAUUCUAUCAGACACAGUAGUGAGUGUAGGAGGGUCCCCUGCCCUGCCUUCACGCUUCAUCCGUCCAUCUAUUCCCCCAACCGAGACCAGCUCCCCUCUGAAAGACCCCAGGCUGCUGAGAGCCCAGCUCAGAGUCACAGAAAGCCCCACACUGCAUCGCUGCCGGCCCCCUCAGUACACUAGAGAUUUCUGGUCGUUCGAGCCGGACAGGAGAGCCGACUUCUCCUGCUUUGACAGGGGGGAUAGUGCCGAGCUGGCUCGUAGGCUCUACAUACGCCAAAGUGUGGUGGAAGCCCCUGUCAGCUGGACCUCCAGGCAGCCCUGGAGCCACCUAGUGGGGGAGGAGAGCAGAAACUCCAGUUCCAACCCCAUACACGGACCUGGACCUGGGCAGCAGCCCCUAAGCGUGGCCCAGCAGAAAAGGGCCGAGCGUAGGAGGAGGGAGGUUCUGCUGCUGGGCCCUGUGGUGCUGGACUCGCCAGAGGAGGAUGAGGGCCUGAAUGGGGAUGGGGAAGAGGUUCACGGACCAGGGCAACAGAUAGGCCUGCUGAGGGUGGAGGAGCCUCCAGAGGGGGAGCAAAUCAGGGUAGCAGGGUCCUCAUCACGCAGCUCCAGCGGGGUGACCGGCAGCCUGGGGGAAAGGGACUGUGUGUCCCCAGAGUCCAGUCAGUCCAGCCACCAGAGCAACGAGACAGGGGCUGCCACCUCAGGGAUACAGUGUUUUGGAGCAGCCUCUGGAAUAAGUUUAAUUGCACUGGGAGGUAUGAACAGCGGAACCAAUUCGGGAAGUCGUAUUCCUGGUCGUCAUGCUGACGGACAGUGGUUCUGCAGUCCCAGGCCCCUCCCUCCACUCUCAGAGGAUAGCUCGUGCCAAGUGGGAGUUCCUAUUUGGGACCCCCGCUGAGGAGGAUGCCAGCAGGGGGGAGAAAAAUACCAUCGAGGCCUCGACAGCUCCUCCUAGUGGCCAGUCCAGUGAAUCCCCCACCCCCACGCCCCCCCAUCUCCCUCCCCCUC